GACGCGUCGACAAAAUGAGGCUGAACGCGCUCAUUGGGCAGCGCGGUGGUCUCCUCGCCGCCCCACGCGUCCAGUUGUCUUGACAAACAUCGAGCACAGCCUUCCAGAAAGUGUUUCUCAUGUUGCUUUCGUGUAGCAGAUGACUCGUGAAAUAUGGCGCAUUUCGUUACUUUACUUCGUUGCGGACACGGCAGAGCGUGAAGGGACAAGCAGCCAGAAUAUUAUGUUCCUGGACAUUACGUCUACACGCUUCCUGGAAGGCUCUGAAGUCAACAAAGUUGGAGUGGCUGAUUUCGUCGUAUAAGGGAAAAGACGCGUGCAAAGGCCUUCUUAUCGGGAAGCGCAGUUCGACUAGCUGUCGCGUGAUCUUUGCAGACGACAAAUUCUUGGUCCGGGGUUUGGGGUUCGCAGGGAUGUCCCUCGAACGCGAAGACGUCACGACUGUGGAACAGCUUAUUGAUGGGUGCAUACGAGCGAUGGACGCGGCCUAUGCACCGCACAGCAACGUUCAUGUGGGAGCCGCGUUACUUUGCGAUGAUGGAACUGUGUUUACAGGGUGCAAUGUUGAGAACUCUAGCUAUGGGCUAACAAUAUGUGCUGAACGUACUGCAGUCGUGAAAGCUGUCUCGGAAGGAAGAACAAAGUUCAAGGCCAUAGCAGUUGCCUACAACUUGCCUGGUUAUGCCUCACCCUGUGGAGCCUGUCGGCAGUUCUUAGUUGAGUUUGGCACAGACUGGGACGUGUACAUGGUCGGGAAAGACAGAACUUUUGUGAAGAAAAAAACUGGAGAACUGCUACCUGGUGCCUUCACCCCAGCCAAUUUGCAAGGUGCACUGAAACGAUAACGGUGCAUGCAUGAAAUUGUGACGUUCACAACGUUCUCAUCACAAAGUGCUCCUCUGCCUUUGUGCUUUGUGCAAAGCCAGACAUACAGCUAUAUUUCCUUGUAGGUCCUCGUAUUUUAAUGUUUUUUUUUUCUUUUUUAAGUCUGGUGUGAAGGCAAAAAUGGAUUUUGUUUCACAAGCUGUGAAACAUGGCAGAAUUGGGAAAUAUAUGUGAAAGAGCAAUUUCCUUACAAAAAAGGCAAAUCAAAUAUAUAACCAAACAGAAAGGGUAGGCUCUUCAUGACAUUUCAUAUGGGAUGGCCAGUGUCUUUAGGCGUGGCCGUAUCUGCGCUUUGGUGAGAUUUGGUGAAGUCCCAAUAAUGCAAAUCAGCGGGUAUAAAAAUGGGUGAUGUCGCAUUUACCCUUAACUGCACAAAGGGUUUUACGCUUUUUUUUGGGGCAAAAACCCAAUUCCGCCAGAUAUCAGAUCGCAGGAAAAAGCCAAGCCAAGCCAAUGCUUGUUCAAGGGUUCGUGUCUUGCCAACUACGACAUGCAGAAAAAUAACUGCUUUGUGUUCUGGCGUGCUUCAGAGUGCAUGCAUAACGUUACGAACCGGAUCAAAGUGUCACAACCGCUUUAAUACUGUAGCACAUUCGUUCGCGUCCCAUUCAGUGAAAUGUGUGUUCUGUUUUCCCAACAGCAUUAAAGAACCAUCAACGCUACA